AUGAACAGAUGGAGAAGGUAACAUCACAAGAUAAUAUGAAGAUACUGAACAUUCAUCUUAACCACUAUUCUGUGUGUUUCUCUCUCUCAGGGAGGAGCGUGAGCGUUGGAUCCGGGCUAAGUACGAGCAGCGGUUGUUCCUGGCGUCGCUCUCGGGGAUGGACCUAUCCCUGGGCCAGCAGCUGCUGAGGGCCACGGCUGAGGAGGACCUGCGCUCCGUCAUCCUGCUCCUGGCUCACGGCUCCCGGGAACAGGUCAACGAGACGUGUGGAGAGGGAGACGGACGCACCGCCCUUCACCUGGCGUGCCGCAAGGGCAACGUGGUCAUCACACAGCUCCUCAUCUGGGUGAGAGAGCGGGCAAUGCCAACAGGAUCCUACAGUUCCAUGGUUCCUUACCCUGAAUGUUGUCUAUGGGCCAAGAUGUUGCCAAGUCAAAUAACUCUAUCUUUCCCUCUCUCCCCCAUACCCUCUCUCCUCUCUCCCCCAUACCUCUCUCUUCUCUCCCCCAUCCCUCUCUCCUCUCUCCCCCAUCCCUCUCUCUCUCUCCCCAUCCUCUCCUCUUCUCUCUCUCCUCCCCCAUCCCUUCUCUCCUCUCCCCCUCCCCUCAUCUCCCUCUCCCCCAUCCCUCUCCCUCUCCUCCCCCAUCCCUCUCUCCUCUCCUCUCCCCUCCUCUCUCCCCCAUCCCUCUCUCCCAUCUCUCUCCCCAUCCUCUCUCUCUCUCCCCUCUCCCUCUCUCCUCUCUCCCCCAUCCGCUCCUCUCCUCCUCUCCCCCAUCCCUCUCUCCUCUCUCCCCCAUCCCUCUCUCCUCUCUCCCAUCCUCUCUCCCCCAUCCGUCGUUCCCCUCCCUCGCACUCAUCUCCCCAUCUCUCUUCUCCUCUCCCCUGCCAUCUCAUUCCCUUCUCUCCUCUCUCCCCCAUCCCUCUCUCCUCUCUCCCCCAUCCCUCUCUCCUCUUUCCAGUACGGGGUGGAUCUGAUGGCGAGGGACGCCCAUGGUAACAGUGCGCUGGCAUACGCACGGCAGGCCAGCAGCCAGGAGUGUGUUGACACGCUGCUGCAGUACGGCUGUCCCGAUGAACGCUACCCGCUUAUGGCCACGCCCAACCUGUCCCGACGCAACACCAACCGCAACAACAGCUGCAGCAGCACGGGCAGCACUGCACUCAUAUAA